AUGUGUGGGAACCACAGCUCCACUUUCUCACCACACCACCAUGGCUGCACCAAGCUGCACAGCGGGCAGCUGUGGGCUUCGCUGGGCAGCCACACCUGGGCAGGCUCCCUUGGGAUGGGUGGCACCGUCUCUCCGCUGGCCUCAGAGGGCGAGGCGGCGGCCGAGCUGGCGGAGUUCGCGCCGCUGGUGCAGUACGGCUGCCACGGCCACCUGCGCUUCGUGCUGUGCUCGCUGUACGCGCCCAUGUGCACCGAGCAGGUCUCCGCGCCCAUCCCCGCCUGCCGGCCCAUGUGCGAGCAGGCGCGCCUGCGCUGCGCGCCCGUCAUGGAGCGCUUCCACUUCGGCUGGCCCGACGCGCUCGAUUGCGGCCGGCUGCCCACGCGCAACGACCCGCACGCGCUGUGCAUGGAGGGCCCCGGCUCCUGCCAGAACCCGGAGAAGUUCCAGUACGUGGAGAAGAGCCGCGCGUGCGCGCCGCGCUGCGGGCCCGGCGUCGAGGUGCUCUGGUCCCGGCGCGACAAGGACUUCGCGCUGGUCUGGAUGGCCGUGUGGUCGGCGCUGUGCUUCUUCUCCACCGCCUUCACCGUGCUCACCUUCCUGCUGGAGCCGCACCGCUUCCAGUACCCCGAGCGCCCCAUCAUCUUCCUCUCCAUGUGCUACAACGUCUACUCGCUGGCCUUCCUCAUCCGAGCCGUGGCCGGCGCGCAGAGUGUGGCCUGCGACCAGGAGGCGGGCGCGCUCUACGUGAUCCAGGAGGGCCUGGAGAACACCGGCUGCACCCUCGUCUUCCUCCUGCUCUACUACUUCGGCAUGGCCAGCUCCCUGUGGUGGGUGGUCCUCACGCUCACCUGGUUCCUGGCGGCCGGCAAGAAGUGGGGCCACGAGGCCAUCGAGGCCCACGGCAGCUACUUCCACAUGGCGGCCUGGGGCCUCCCGGCGCUCAAGACCAUCGUGGUCCUGACCCUGCGCAAGGUGGCCGGGGACGAGCUGACCGGCCUCUGCUACGUGGCCAGCAUGGACGCCGCAGCACUCACGGGCUUCGUGCUGGUGCCCCUGGCUGGCUACCUGGUGCUGGGCACCAGCUUCCUCCUCACGGGCUUUGUGGCUCUGUUCCACAUCCGCAAGAUCAUGAAGACGGGGGGCACCAACACCGAGAAGCUGGAGAAGCUCAUGGUCAAGAUCGGCGUCUUCUCCAUCCUCUACACGGUGCCCGCCACCUGCGUCAUCGUGUGCUACGCCUACGAGCGCCUCAACAUGGACUUCUGGCGGCUCCGGGCCGCAGAGCAGCCGUGCACUGGCGCGUCGGUGCCCGGGGGCCGCAGGGACUGCUCCCUGCCGGGGGGCUCCGUACCCACCGUGGCUGUCUUUAUGCUCAAAAUCUUCAUGUCUCUGGUGGUGGGCAUCACCAGUGGUGUCUGGGUGUGGAGCUCCAAAACUUUCCAGACCUGGCAGAGCCUGUGCCAUCGUAAGAUGGCAGCCGGCCGGGCCCGGGCCAAGGCCUGCAGAGCCCCUGGGGGCUAUGGACGGGGCAUCCACUGCCACUAUAAGGCCCCCACGGUGGUCUUGCACAUGACUAAGACGGACCCCUCCCUGGAGAACCCCACGCACCUCUAGCGACACAGGCCUGGCUCUCUGCUGUGCCCCCCCCCAAGAGACAGCUGACUAGCAGCACCCAGCUGUCAAGGUCAGGCACAGCCAGGGGGCUGAGGACCAGGGUGGGGACCUGGUGAAACUCACACUCCUAUGCUCCCUAAUUGGGGGUGGGAGCCUGGCUGCGACCCCCAAAAGGUCAGAAGAAGGGACAGAGGAGGGCAUGGUCCAUCAGAGCAUUUAUUUAAUGAUGUAAUUUAUUGUUGCGUUUCUCUGCAAGCUGUGACUGGAAUAAACCCCUGUGUGUUA